GCUCGUAAAGUGGGGUAUUGGACUCCCGAUCAUGUCGUUCCCUGUUUCCGAGCAGCUCCGCAUGACAACGCUGUAUGUGAGGCUAAGAUCCUAGGCCUAUGGACCAACGCGAACUCAUUCGCGAUGUACGUUAAAUCGGCCGCUGUCAUUUUCACCCUCAUCAUGCUGCUCUCGGUUGGGUCGGUGGCGGACAGACCAUACUGGCGAAAAGGGCUACUCAUAGCGUCUGUCCUAGGAGCAACCAUCUCAUCUGUGGGAUACUACUUCUUCCCACAGGAGCCAUUUGCAGCUCUGCCGCUACUGACUGCUGUCAUCAUGAUUCUGAGCAUAUCCUUCAACGUCAUGACAUCGACAUGUUUCAAUGGCUACCUCGGAGUUUUGGCCAGACGGACUGAAGAAUCUGUCUCAAGUACUAUACUCCCUUCGACGAUGGACAUAGCCAACCGUGAUCCUGGAGUCCCUGAUCAUGCCCGAGCGGCAGACGAGGAGAGACGGCCACUCCUUCGCUCCAGUCCACCAGGCAUCUCCCUUAGAAUCUCGAGAUUGUCCAGCACCGCGUUCGCGAUAGGCCUAAUUGGUUCCAUUGUCUGUCAAUUUGUGUUUAGAAAAGCCUUGGAAGCGGGAGUCAGCAUGGUCACCUGUUUCGCAGUGACAGGUCUCUGGACAUGCUUAACUGGACUCCCUGCCAUGAUCCUGCUUCCAGCUCGUGAUCCCAUCGUCAAAGAUCCCCAUGGUGUUGGCUAUGAGGAUAGCGAUCCUGUCACUCAAAAACCUCUUCGUUCGACAACAGCAUUAUUGCGACUGUUCAAGAGCCUGGGAGAAAUGUCAAAUCUGCGCUUCGCGAUGCUGAAUUGGGUCUUAGCAAGCGAUGUCUGCCAUACGAUGCCUUUGGUACUCAUCCUUCAAUCGACAGAUCAGCUCGCUUUCACACCAGCCGACGUAACCACCAUUGCGCUCAUAGCCAUGUCCGCUGGAGCCGUCUCGAGUACUCUCAUGCCUCAUGUACAGGCGUAUACCCGUAUCACCACCAAACAGAUCUUGCUGGUUUGCACAUUCAUAGCCGGAAUUCAACUCCUGAUGGGUAGCUCCACACUCCUGAAUCCGCAUUGGGGCUACAAGAGCAGAAACGCAGUCUUUGGGACAGUGGCCCUGGUCGGCGUGGGCUUCGGAGGAUACUACAGUUACGCAAGAGCGCUCUGGGCGGAGUUGAUCCCCAAGGGUCGCGAGACUUCCUUCUUCUCACUAUAUGCCAUUGCGGACCGAUCUGCUUCGUUUUUUGGCCCUCUCAUGGUCGCCGCCAUCACCCAAUCGACGGGUCGAUUCGAUUACGCCUGGUUUCUCUUGUUGAUCAUGAUGUUGCUGUCCAUUCCGCCCUUACUCUGGGUUAACGUGGAGCAAGGCAAGAUCGAGGCGGAUCGAUAUUUGGAGAAGGAGGAGCAUCGACCGUAGCUGCGAUCCGACACGUAGUUCUCACCAAAGACACAGAAGAAUAGAGAGUCCUGUGCCCCUCCACCUACCUAUAUUUUCAAUUUAAUGAAAAUCACCGGAAAUGACGGAGGCGUAUGCAAGGCAGCAGCACCCAACGUCAUGA